CCCGCCCGGCGUCCCCGCUCCUGUCAGAGCCGGCUCCAGUCAUGGUGCUGCCCAGUAUUUUGUAAGUUGGCAGCGGAGGCUCGGGACGUGGCGCAGGUCCCGAUGGCGGCGGCGGCCCUGGCGGCGGUCCUGGCGGCGGCCGACCCUGCACCCGCGGUGCCGCAGGCAGCGGGGAGCGGAGGUCCGACCUCGCGCCGAGACUUCUACUGGCUGCGUUCCUUCCUGGCCGGAGGUAUUGCUGGGUGCUGUGCCAAAACCACAGUUGCUCCUUUGGAUCGAGUAAAGGUCUUAUUACAAGCUCACAACCACCAUUACAAACAUUUAGGGGUACUUUCUGCACUGCGUGCUGUUCCCCAAAAAGAAGGAUACCUUGGAUUGUAUAAAGGAAAUGGUGCAAUGAUGAUUCGAAUCUUUCCCUACGGUGCAAUUCAGUUCAUGGCAUUUGAGCAUUACAAAACGUUCAUUACUACAAAGCUGGGAGUUUCUGGUCAUGUGCACAGAUUGAUGGCUGGAUCCAUGGCAGGCAUGACAGCAGUUAUCUGCACUUACCCACUCGAUGUGGUUAGGGUGCGUCUAGCCUUCCAGGUGAAAGGAGAGCACACCUACUCAGGGAUCAUUCAUGCGUUCAAGACAAUUUAUGCUAAGGAAGGUGGUUUCCUUGGAUUCUACAGAGGUCUGAUGCCUACUAUAUUAGGAAUGGCUCCAUAUGCAGGUGUGUCCUUUUUUACCUUUGGUACCUUGAAGAGCGUUGGGCUUUCGUAUGCUCCCACCCUGCUUGGCCGACCUUCAUCUGACAACCCCAAUGUCUUAGUUUUGAAAACUCACAUAAACUUACUUUGUGGUGGUGUUGCUGGAGCAAUAGCACAGACGAUAUCCUACCCAUUUGAUGUGACCCGUCGGAGAAUGCAGUUAGGAACAGUCCUACCGGAGUUUGAAAAGUGCCUUACGAUGCGGGAAACCAUGAAGUAUGUCUAUGGACACCAUGGGAUUCGGAAAGGAUUGUAUCGUGGCUUGUCUCUGAACUACAUCCGCUGUAUUCCCUCUCAAGCUGUGGCUUUCACAACCUAUGAACUUAUGAAGCAAUUUUUCCACCUCAACUAAAAGGAAAAGAUAUGACUUGUGAUGGAUUUCCUCAGUCAAUUCUCAGAAGGAAAUAUAUAUAAAUGUUACCUUAAUUGUGAGGGAAACAUUACUUGAAGGGGACGUUGGCCCUGUCAGAGGAACCACUGGGGUUUUAAUACUUGAUGUCUGAUGGUUUUUAAAUCAUAGAUCAAAAGUGCUGAGCACAAUUUUGUUUUUGUUUUCUUUUUGCUGGGAUCUGGAUAUGUAACCCUGACUGGCUCGGAACUCACUGUGGAGACCUGGCUGGCCUCAGACUUGUGGUUAUCCUCUUGCCUCUGCCUCCCAAGUACUGAGAUGCUAGGCAUGUGCCACCAUGCCUACUCUAACAUACUUGUUAAUGCCAAACACUAUCCCUUAGAACCCUGAAAAACCAUCUUACACUGAUGGUGGUAACCUGCUGAUUAUUUGGAAGUACUAUUUGGAAGGAGAGGUAGGUUCAUAUUGGAGUCCAAGAGAUUGUCAUUAGUUUUACCACACUUAACUGUUAUUGUGGUUAUUGAGGUGGGGAGGGACUAGAAUCAAAUCUAGGGCCUUUUGCAUGCCAGGUACUUGUUGUAUCCACUAAACCGCAUCCCAAGCCUAUAAUUAUGAUUGUCUUUUUUUCCUUUUUUUCAGUGGGGGGUGGGGAAUUGAGGCCAUGGCCUUGCCCGUUUGAGGCAAGUACCGUACCACUGAGCUACAUCCCUGACCCUUUUCUUUUUAAGUGAGGUGCUAGGGACCAAACUCAUGCAUGCUGGUUGCACACUGCCCAUGGCCUACACCCCAGCCCUCUGACACUGCUUGUUAGUUACCCCACCCCCUCCAUCCUUCCGUUCCUUGUGCUGGGGAGUAAACUCAGGGUCUCUCUCGCCUAUCUCGGUAGAUAAGCACUCUACCUCUGAACUACAUCUCCAGCACUCUGCCAUUUUGUAGCGUCGUUAAAUCAGGAGACUUAGUUUAUUGUAGCAGAGUGAGAAGUGAAUAUUUAAGUUCUGUGAAACAUAGCCAGCCACAAAGUAGUGCUCUUGUUAUGUUUCUCCUUAGACUUCUUCUCCUGUUGAUAAAAGGACACCCUUUCCUCCAUUGUUUUCAAAAGUUUUUCUUUGUUUUUAUUUUCCUUUCUUUGGUGAUUGAAUCGAGGACCUUGUACAUCCCUGGCAAGUGGUGUACCUACGACUGAGCUACAUCCUCAGCUCUCUUCAUUUCUCCAUAAAAGUAGUAUUGUUUUAAAAAAAGUAGAGACUUUAAUCAGGUUCUGUUCAAAUGCUAUUACCAGGUACUUUGAUUUUCAUGAGUUUUUGAAAGCCACUGUAUUUCCCAAAGGCAGAAUAUUGAAAAUCAAAUAUCUCUGCUUUUCAAAGGAGAGUAACUUUGUAAAUGUUUGUCUUAAAUCUCUCGAUGUGUACUAGAAAACUUAAGUGGACCAUGAAUAUAACUGUUUCUAAGAUAUUAUGUCAAGAUACAAGUUCUUCCAUGUAAAAUAAAUUUAGUGUGUUAUACUCCUAAGUGUAACUAUAAAACAUUCUUUGAUUGUUACAUUUUAAAGAAAGUUGUUUAGAAUAUAAGGAGUCUGACCAUUGUGUUAGAGCACUUUUUCUCUUUUGCUGUAAGCAUGACACAUGGAGUAGAAUUGGUAGACCCUCUGUCUUUAGAGGUAGUGAUUUGUAGAAUUUUAAGACAUUAAAUCUAAGCUGCUACUGUUAUUUCUGCAUUUUUCUUGCCUGUAAAGAUUUCUUGUCAUAUCUUUAUAAUCUUUAAUUUAAAAACGAACCUGUACUUUGUGACUUUUAAGUGUACUAGGAAUAGGGAUAAAUCUGUUUAUAAAGCUCUUUUGUAUAUUUUAAUUUCUGGACCAUACUGUAGUUAAUUAUUCCAUUCAAUCUUAAGGUAAUUUAAACCUACAAAAUAAAUAUCUCAGUUAUAUUAUCAAUAAAAGAGAACUGAAAAUAUUUUUAAAGUAAGAAAUUGCAUUCUAUGUCUGUUAUAAAAUCUGUAAGAUAUUAAAAGUAAUUUUUUAA